GCUCGUUGACUUGUGUGUAAGCAGCAACCGGGUCACCUUUUUUCCGACAAAGCUUCAGCGCCUCGGGUUGAUGUUUUUCGGGACCCGGAGACUAAUUUGUAAAUCAUCGCUUCACUCUCUGAGUCAACUUUUCUGGUUGCGAAAUUCCUGAAAACUGACCUCCAAGAUGUCUUUCCAGUAUCCGCAGGCUUACCGCGACGAGGCAGUCGUCGAUGACUAUCAUGGCUGCAAAGUGCCAGACCCAUACAGCUGGCUGGAGGACCCAGACAGUGAAAAGACACAGGCUUUUGUCACGGCUCAGAACAAGCUGACGCUGCCGUUUCUGGAGUGCUGCGAGGUGCGCGACCUGUUCAAGGAGCGCAUGACGGAGCUCUACGACUAUCCCAAGUACAGCUGCCCCUUCAAGAGAGGAAGCAGGUACUUCCACUUCUACAACACAGGCCUCCAGAACCAGAGCGUGAUGUAUGUGCAGGAGAGCCUGGAUGCGGAGCCCACAGUCUUCUUGGAUCCAAACACGUUUUCCGACGAUGGCACAGUUGCCCUGCGAGGCUACGCGUUCUCCGAGGACGGGGAGUACUUGGCGUACGGCACAAGCGCCAGUGGGUCCGACUGGGUGGAGAUCCGCUUCCUGCGCGUCGAGGGUGCCGUGACUCUGGAGGACCGACUCGAGCGGGUCAAGUUUAGCUGCAUGUCCUGGACUCACGACGGGAAGGGUCUUUUCUACAACUCCUACCCUGACCAGGAGGGCAAAAGUGACGGCACUGAGACCUCCACCAACCUGCAUCAGAAGCUGUACUUUCAUGUUUUGGGAACUCCGCAGUCUGAGGACGUCCUGUGCGCCGAGUUUCCUGAUCACCCAAAAUGGAUGAGUGGGGCUGAGGUGUCAGACGACGGGCGCUACGUGCUGCUCUCUAUCAGAGAAGGUUGUGAUCCCGUCAACAGACUGUGGUACUGUGACCUGGAGACCACUCCUCAGGGUAUCACAGGACUUUUGCCGUGGGUGAAGCUGAUCGACAACUUCGACGCCGAGUACGAAUACGUGACCAACGAGGGCACGCUGUUCACUUUCAAAACCAACCUGGACGCCCCACGUUACAGACUCAUCAACAUCGACUUCGCUUCUCCCGAUCAGAGCAAGUGGAAGGAGCUGAUCCCUCAGCACGACAAAGACGUCAUCGUGUUCGCCACCUGUACGUACUCCAGCUUUCUGUUCGUGUGUUUCCUCCACGACGUGAAGAACGUGUUGAAAAUGUACCGCCUGAGCUCAGGGGAGGAGCUGAGGACCUUCCCCCUCGACGUUGGCUCGGUCGUAGGCUUCACGGGACGGAAGCGGGACUCUGAGAUCUUCUACUAUUUUACAUCUUUCCUGUCCCCAGCCAUCAUUUACCACUGUGACCUGACCAAGGAGCCUCUACAGCCCCACAUCUUCAGAGAGGUCACCGUCAAAGGCUUCAACCCCUCCGACUACCAGACAACGCAGGUCUUCUAUCCCUCCAAGGACGGCACUCAAAUACCCAUGUUCAUUGUUCACAAGAAGGGCAUCAAACUGGACGGCUCCCACCCGGGCUUCCUGUACGGCUACGGGGGCUUCAACAUCUCCAUCACGCCCAGCUACAGCGUCUCCCGACUCAUCUUCGUCAGGCACCUGGGAGGAGUUCUGGCCGUGGCCAACAUCCGAGGAGGGGGAGAGUACGGGGAGACUUGGCACAAAGCUGGCAUGUUGGCGAAUAAGCAGAACUGCUUCACGGACUUCCAGUGUGCAGCCGAGUAUCUCAUCAAGGAGGGAUACACUUCUUCUUCCAAGCUCACCAUAAACGGAGGCUCCAACGGCGGCCUGCUCGUAGCCGCCUGCGUGAACCAGAGACCUGAGCUGUUCGGCUGCGCUGUCGCUCAGGUGGGCGUCAUGGACAUGCUGAAGUUCCACAAGUUCACCAUCGGCCACGCCUGGACGACGGACUUCGGCUGCUCGGAGAACAAGGAGCAGUUCGAGUGGCUCAUCAAAUACUCCCCGCUCCACAACAUCCGCAUCCCGGAGAGCAACGGCGUCCAGUACCCCGCGGUGCUCCUGCUAACGGGCGACCACGACGACCGGGUGGUGCCCCUCCACUCCCUCAAGUACAUCGCCACGCUGCAGCACGUCGUCGGCCGCAGCCCCAAGCAGGCCAACCCCCUCUUCAUCCUCGUGGACACCAAGUCGGGCCACGGCGCCGGAAAGCCCACCAGCAAGGUCAUCCAGGAGGUGGCCGACACCUACGCCUUCAUCGCUCGCUGUCUCAACAUCUCCUGGGUCAAAUGAGCCUCCAAUUAACGUGUGUGUGUGUGUUUUUUUUUCUGUUCCGUUCCGUUACUCAAAGCAUUACAGUAUGAUUUGAAUCACCUGUUGCUGACAUGGUCUUUAUAACUUCAUAUAUUAGCACAUGAUGUUUUAUCUCAUGUUUACCAAGCUACCAUUACUGUAUUUCACUUCAUUUCGUCCUUUCUUUAAUAUCAUCUGCAACCUGGCACAGCUAAUAUAUUGUCGGCCACGUUUGUAGUCCUGUCUAAAGAGAGUGAUCAGCCAAUCAGCUACUACAGUCAUGAGGUUUAUUUGAAGAUGGUUUCCCCCGCGUCACCUGGGUUCCUCCCGACACGAUGCAUUUUAUUUAUUACUGCACGGAGAGGACGUCGCUGGACGUUGAACGCCGUAAUCAGCAUGUACAAUUCUAAAGGGGACACUAUUGCGUAAGUGAUGGUACUGCAAGUGGACAGUAUUGAAGUGAGUGUGGAAACUUGCAAAAAAAAAAGAAAAAAAAAUGCAUUGUGUGCAUGUGAAAGUGUGUGUGUGUUUGUUUGUCCCCGUUUUUCUUUCAGACUGAUGAUUUCUACCUCUUGACUUGUGCUGAUUGUUUGCCUUUUUAAAGGGAGUAAAAAACAAUGCCACAAAAACAAUAAACAACUUUUUAAACAGUGA